AUGAGUCCAUCACGGCUCGUUAUUGUAUCGUACCUGCUCCUUUUGGGAGUUGUGGCCGUCAAGGCGGAGAAGGCGAGCGAAUGGUACGAUGCCGGCGACUUUCUGAAGCUGAACUUCCCUAUGGGCCAGACCGUGUCCUUCCUGGCCUGGAGUCUGUUGGAUUUCCCGACCGCCUAUGCUGACGCCGGGACGGCCACCCCCGCCCUGAACAACAUCAAGCUGGCAGCCACCUACCUGAUGAAGUGCCACAUUGGGGAGUACCAGUACGUGGGCCAGAUCGGCAAUCCCGGAACCGACCACUCCUACUGGGGCCGUCCGGAGCAGCAGACCGGCACCCGCCCCGCCUACACCUACACUAAAGAAACCACGGCCAGCGACCUGCUGGGCUCGGUCUCCGCGGCCCUCACUUCCUCUAGCCUGGUCCUGGCCGGCAGCGACGCCGCGCUUUCCAAGGAGAUGCUGACGCACGCCACGGCCCUGUAUGCAUGGGGCAAGGCCUACCCAGGCCUGUACAACGCGGCAUACUCCUCCGCCACCUAUGUGUACUGGUCCUCGCGGUACGUGGACAAGCUCAUGUACGCCGCCGCCUGGCUGUUCAGGGCCACCGGGGACGCCGCGUAUGCCACCGACGCCUACGCCUUCUGGCAGUCUGCCGGUUCGGGUGACAUCUACACCGGCUGGGACUCCACCUUUGCCCCCGCCAUUAACCUGCUGCUCAAGCUGGCCAGCGAAGGCAAGACCGUGCCCGGCAAAGCGGCGUACGAGAAGUGGAUUGUCUCCAGCUUCCUCUCCGCCUGGCAGACGGCCGACGGCAACUGGAGCAUCAUCAAGACGCCCAAGGGCCUGACCUACCCAUCCUGGAGCAAGUGGGGGAACCUGCGCUACUCCAACAACGCGGCCUUCAUGACCAUCAUGCGCGCCUCCUACUCCUCCGUGAACAAGGCGACCAACAUUGCGUGGGCCAAGAGCCAGCUGGACUACGCGCUGAGCACCACCGGCCGCAGCUUUGUAUGUGGCGUGGGCACCGGCUUCCCGCUGCAGCCCCACCACCGCUCCGCGUCCUGCCCCAACAUGCCCGCGGCCUGCGGCUGGGACCAGUUCUACUCUGCGGCCUCCAGUCCCCAGACGCUGACGGGGGCCCUGGUGGGUGGGCCCCCCAACGGGGAUGGCACCUACGUGGACCUGCGCAGCGACUAUAUCUCCAACGAGGUGGCGGUCGACUACAACGCGGGCUUCACCGGCGCGCUGGCCGGCUACAUCGCCCUGGCCUGA